GAGUGCCCCUUUGGGAUUGGAAUGAUUGAAUGUCUAAUUUACUUUUAUGGAUAACUAUAAACUAAAAGGAACCGUUUGUACUUCAUACAAAUAUUAAAUCAUACCCACCUAAUUUGAGUGGAAGUGAAUUUGUUUUCUUUGUACCCUCUUUUACAGAUUCAUAGCAGUCAUUGCAAGUUUGUUCAAGACAGGAAAUUCAUUCGUGAUCGUGACGUUCAAGGUUGAUAAACAUGAUCUAAAUGAAGAAGUGAAAGGGUUUGCAUGGUAUGCUGACACAUAAUGUGGGUGUAACAUUUUCUAUAUUGGUAACAUUGCUUUUGCAGUUUCUAUUUCUUUGAAACUGUAAUGCAAUAAAAUGAGGUGGUGGAGACAUCAAAGCCUGCUGUUCACCCUAUGCAGUAUCCUAAGCUGUGUGAGGAGUGCAGCAGGGUUAAUUCAUGUGUCUGGGUAUGAAGGGAGAGAAGUUAAAGUUUCUUGUCCCUAUGGAGAGGGUUAUGAGUCUUAUGAGAAGUACCUGUGCAAGAAUGACUGUGGGAGUGAUGAUGUUCUUAUUACGACGACAGAAGCAAAGAAGAACAGAUACUCCAUCCAUGAUGACAAACAGAAACGAGUCUUUGCAGCGACCAUCUCUGAUUUGCGUCAUACGGAUGCUGGGAAAUACUGGUGUGGGGUUACCAGAACUGGAAAGGAUAUCUACACUGAAGUCAUGCUGGAAGUAGGACAAGACAGCUGUUGUGAUCAUUCCACCAAAGUCCAACGUUAUGAGGAGAGUUCAGUGUCCUUCAGUUGUCCGUAUGAGUCUGAGUACCAGAACAGCCUGAAGUACAUCUGCAGAGGAAACCAGCCCUCCGUGUGUCUGCAGCACGCACUAAUCUCCUCUGACAACAAACAAAAGGGACAGUUCACACUUACAGAUGACAUGGCAUCAAGGAAAUUCACAGUGACCAUUACCAGUUUGAGCCAAAAUAAUUCUGGGUCGUACCUUUGUGGUGUCCAUGGAAACACUGGCCUGGAUGCUUUCUCUGCUUUUGAGCUAGAAGUCAAAGAGUGGUGCUGUGUGAUGUCACACAAACUUAGCGGCAUUGUGGGACGGCCAGUGACUAUGCAGUGUCCCUAUCCACCACAACACAGGGAUAACAGGAAGUUCCUCUGUAAGGGAGACCACCGCAAAAACUGUGAAGACAUGAUGACGAGUCAAAGCAGGUUCAUGCUGCAAGAUGAUGUUACAUCCAGCUCUUUCUCAGUGACGAUCACAGAGCUGAAAGCAGGGGAUGCUGGGACAUACUGGUGUAGUUCAGACUCACAGUGGAGUGUUGGUAAUUACACCAAGAUUCAACUGUCACUAGACUUUCAGCAGACCAGCACUGUGAUGUCUACUAUCAAUGUGGUUCCUACCUUCACUAUGGUGGAACCUGUCAGAUCACAAGCAACACCUAUCCCUGGAAAAGAGAUCAAAGAUGCAGCACUCUUUUACUCUGUGGGUUUCAUUGUGCCCGCUGUGCUGCUCAUACUGACAUCUGCCCUGGUCACAGUUUAUAAAUACAAAUGUUACAAAGUGCGAGGAGCUGGAGGCAACAUGAACAGAAACAAAACCAAGACAGCAGAAACAGAGGAAGUGAUAGGUGUAGCAGAUAUUUAUCAAAAUCAAGACGUAGCGUACUCAAAGCAGCGGACCUCCAAACCACAGAGCGCCUGUCAACACCAUGAUGACGCAGGUGAAGCCGAACAAGAUUCUGUGUACCAAAACGUCACCACAGCAGAUGAUAUCUACUGUAAUCAAAUUUUCAUUAAAGCCAAUAGGAGAUGAACAACAUGCACAUCUGUGAUCAAACCUUGCAUUUUCAGGUCACAUCUGUACCCAAAUGAUCCUGUUUGUAUCUCAAUUAACAGUUAUCCAGCACAUAUUCACGUACCGCUAUGGUCCAACCUUUUCAUUGUCUUACUGAAAACUACAGUAACAUACUUAUUUGUACAGAUUUGUUUUAUAAUUACUAUCAGUUAUAUUAAGUACUUAUUGUCAUUGCUUAUUUAAUUUCUUCAACUUAGAUUUUACAUUUUUGCUUUUACUUUUACAUUCAUUAUGAUUGCUUAUUGUUAAUAUAACUGUUACACACCUGCAAUAUAAGACUUGUAGUCAUGAUAACCAGUUCCCCUACAAGGUAAAUACCCCAAAUGUAAGUUACCUUCAUGAAUGCACCUUUAGUUUAAGUGAAUAAAUAAACAAAAUGAAACAACUGA